AUUGUGGCAUUCAUUCUACAUCAUACAUUAACAUGCCAUGGUUAUACGAGACGAUAUGAUAAACAUAUCGUGACAAAAUGGAGGCAAAUGCACUGGAAGAAAGAAAAUUAAUUAUGACACGAACUGAUCUUUUCAAAAUAACGAUAACAGAUGUACAUAGCGGCUGCAUCUAUGGGGAUAUUUGUUUCAGUGCUUGGUAGGGAUAGAGGGCAAGUAUUAAAUAUAUCGUUUCUGGCAUGUUUCCACAAAAUCAAUUAUCGUUGAAGACAAGCCAUUAUCAACAUAUUCCUCAAUCAUUGCUCUAUCCAUCCCUGCAACUGGAAUGUGUUUUUAUUUCAAUUAAUGUAUGAAGUGGGAAAUAGAAGUAGAUAGCAGGAUGUGCAGGUUUUGGGACAUUUUUGUAACGCUGUUAUACAGGUGAGAUGAUCGUUAACGACAGUGACACGAGAGUUGAAUCGACUCCACAGUGAAAGCGUCACACUUCGUAGAAUCUUCCAAAGCAAUAUAAGGAUGACGUAUGGGCACAGUGUCUCGGCCAACUGCAAGCAGCCAUUCCGCAUCUUCGCCUGUCUUUAGUUUGGCACGAAGGGAAAAUGCACUUCAAGUAUAUGGACGUUCCUCGUGUAGACUUCGAGCUGAUUGAAGCGACGGCAGAAGAUAACUGGGAAAAGAUCCACGAGGAUAUGAUGCGAGUGUUGUUUGACACAGCAAAUGGUCCGCUUUGGAGGGUGAGAAUAAUGAGCAUGCCACAACGAAAUGCUGACUCAACAAUGAAGGGGAACGUAAAUGAAAACGACCUGUUUAACAGCGUAGUCGUGUUUGGAAUUCAUCACUCUAUCCUAGAUGGAAUCUCGAAUCUAUUUAUGCUUCGCAGGCUAAUUAAUAUCCUAAACGCAGCCAUGUUGGGUGUGAAAUGUGAGGAUGGCGAUACCGUGAUGCUUCAUCAAGCUUUGGAAGAUCUUUUGCCAAAAGAUGAAAUGGCAUUUAGUUGGCGAGAUUAUCUUCAAAUAGCAAAAGCAAAGUUUAUAAAGUGGUUCCCAAGCAAGAGCCUUUAUAUGAAACGAUUCCUGCCACCGACUGCAGUAGGUGAUACAUAUACAAAAACAGUGGCGGUUGAAUUUUCAAUUCCAGAAACUGAGAGAAUUCUAGCAAAAUGUAAGGAUCAUGGGACAACUGUUCAUGGCGUCUUCUUUGCCGCUGCAUCCAUGGCCAUGGCCAGUCUGGUAUAUGAUGGAAAACCACCCAGCGUUUUGAACAUUGGAUCUACGCACGCUGUUAAUAUGCGGCGUUUUCUUCCACCCGAAUUAAACGCUGCUUUUGGCCUUUUGGUUUGGACACCUGCUGUCACAUUAAUAACUCCAACCACUGUGGCGUAUUCUGCCUUAUGGAGACUUGCAAAGAAUGCUACCCAAGUAGUUCACUCCGCACUUAGAAAUGGUGACGUCACGCAGUCUUAUAAAAUAGAGAAACACAUGGGUGACGACAGCGUGAAGCGCAUGCUAGCCUAUCCGGAUUGUACAAUGGAAUUUUUCAUGUCCAAUAUCGGAGACUGUGACAAGUUAUGUCCUCCUGGUGAAGAAGACUACGAAGUUCACGCUACAAGAAUCGUCACGUCCACUGCAUUACGUAGGUAUCCUGCGCCUUUUGUUCACUAUCUGCACAAAUUCCGAGGUCGAUUCUGCUACAAUAUAGACUACUGCACCAACAGGGUGAGUGAUACGAACGCCCACAAAUAUGCUGAGCUGACCGUGGAGUUGAUGAAGAUGGCAGCAGGAGAUGAACAGACAUAG